AUCCCCAUCAUCGUCACCAUCAUUUCCAUCGUCACCACAGCUCAAACUCGCACACAACACAAUCCUCUCUCCCUCUCUCUAACAACAAACGACGACAGAAAAAGAGAGCGAAAACAUCAACGCCAUCUGUACAGAGAUGGCGACCGAGUGAGAACCAUCAUCGGAAAAGUCUUGAUUUACAGUAAUAAUGGAGGCCAAGACGGCGGAAGCUAGCUCAGUGAAGAAGAGGAAGCAGCUACAGGUCGAUGAUAUUGCACAGUUGGUCAAGACCAAACUUGUUCAGCUCAACAAGAAGCCGAGACGUCGACAUGUUGUAACUGUAACCAAAAUAGGAGAGGGAAGACAGUGUAAUGAUGCUACUGUACGUCAAACGCAGGAGGAUGAUAUUCAUGAUGACGCGGUUUGCGCCAGCCCUAGGAGCUCAGGCUCCGAUCACGUCGACGACGGGACCUCUUGUUGCUCAAGUAACGGCUCGAGUGAGCUAGUGGAAGAUGGAGAAAACAACCUCAAAUUCGUAGAUCUGAAGGAUGACGGUGAUGAUGAUGAGGGUGACGAAGUUGAAUCGCAGACGUAUAAUCCACUCAGAGAAAGCAGGAGACAGAUGGCGCCUUCGAACAACCUUCAACCUCAACCAACGCCGGCGGAGCCUCGGCGAGGAUCGGCGGCAGAGAAAAUGCCUUCGGAAUUGGAGCUGGAAGAGUUCUUCACGGCCGCCGAGAAAGACAUCCAAAGUAAAUUUUCAAAGAAGUAAGUUUUAACUUUCAACCACAGUUUCUUUAUUUCUUUCUUUCUGUGCUCCUUUCAACUUUAAAGUACGAACUUUGCCAAAUAGUCUGAGGCUCUGAGCAUGAAAUUCUGAACCGAAUAAUUCCUGCAGAUAUAACUACGAUGUUACGAAGGACGAGCCGUUGGAAGGACGUUACGAAUGGACUCGAUUAAAGCCAUAGACGAGUAGUUGCCAUGAAGAAGAAGAUAGCGAUCCUAGCUCAUGCAUAUUGUAGCUUUCUUUCUUUUACCUUUUUAAGAAAUUAUGUACAGCGCUAGCUAAAGCUCUUAAGUUUAUGAAGAAGGUCGAAGAAGCUGACAGAGGUUUGUUCAGUGUACGCCUAGUAACGACACCGAUUUCCCUGCUGCAAAAUCCCGAUUUGGAAGAAGAAGAAGAGAACAAAGAGCAAGCUUAGGUUGAACAGUAAAGCUUCUAGAAAAACUUAUUGUCUGUCUCUGCCUUAAAUUUGGUGCCUCUUCCUCUAUCUUUUACUGUUCUUCUUCCUCUUGGGUACUUCUCUGUGUGUACCAACAAAAACACACACACACACACUGCAGCCAAUAAUUUCGGUGUCGAUUAUUUAAUAAAACAGAAAGGAAAAAAAAA